AUGCCGGGCACCUCCAGCCAGAUUCCGCCAUCCGAGCCAGUUGCUUCAGGACUGGACUCCGAGACUUUGCAGACCUUGUGGGCUCAGACGUACGAACACCAAACCCAAAUCAGCUCCAUCCAGGAUACACUUGCCCAAAUCGAAGGACUCCUCUUAACACCCUGUCCGACUACUCCGAAAACGACUCCGGACUCCGAGCUGAGGGGCACCGAAGCCUCCCAGCACGCCCCGAGUCGAUCCGAAAACACCCCACGUUCUAGGUACCCAAAAGACUAUGUUAAACUCUGCAAUCAGUUCGGCUUUGUGGUUUACAAUGCUGGAAACUUCAGCCAAGCAUUUGGUGCUUCCAACAAGCUUACCCAGGCUGAACAAGAAACUGUUCAGCAUGACAUACAGUUCAGUCUUUGUUUGGUUUUGUGGAAUGGUGUCAUGGUCAAAAGCACUGGUCUCCAGCAGGUGUCUGGCCGCAGAUAUCAGAAUCUGCCAAGCGUUGAAAAUAGCGCCUCCUCCAAUCUCAAGAUCCGUACAAGAAUUGAUCACCAGAAAAUCCUAUAUGAUCAAAUGAAGGAGUAUCAUGCAUUGGGACAGGCGAAAGACUUUGAGUUCAUGCGAGGCCUACAUGCCCCGUUUGCAAAAGAGCAGAUGGCUACCGCUACUGAGUACCAACUGUUGAACGCUUUGGGACGACCAGACACCUCUAGCUUUGCCACUUAUGGAUACGGCGCCGGCCAGCACAUUGAUAAAGACGAGUCGGUGACCUUUGGCUAUGUCACCAAGAGGUCUCCCAAGGUUCCUCGCAGCGAGUCUAACUUUGUUUGGGGAGAUCACAAAUUGAUUGUUGAGCUUGCAGAGGGUGCACGCUGGAUUUGGAGGGCAUCCCGAGACCGGCAUGGAUCCACAGCCAAUAGCGUGGCACUCUCCAAUCCUAACAACUGGAGGACCAUGUGCGAGAAGGAUCCUGAAGCCUGUCAGUGGACAAGAGUAUCCACAAUUCCAAGACGCGUGGCCAUGGCGAGGUAG